AUGGGGCUUUGCGGCCCCGCUCCGGCCCCAUCACCAAUUAUAUUUCGAGCCGGCAGGAUCCUCGCCGAGCGGAGCCGCGAGCACGAGGCACCGGACCCACAGGCCGGUCGCGUGGCUUUGGGGGCACAGAGCCUCGCGCCGUCCCGGCACCGCUGCACCGGGCGUGAGGGCAGGCGCGCUCACGCGCUCGCUCUGGCGGCGGUGGAAGCGCCGAGGGAAAAACCCUCCUCUCCGCCAACGACUGCUGUCCAGCCAACGAGGGAAAAUGAAUUCCCCGCUGGAAAGCUGCGCAACUUUCCUCGCCGGGCGCUCGCUGCGAGCUCUCGGCCUCCUCCUCCUCCCGUCCUCACCUCGGCCGCUCACCCACCCGAAGCAGCGCCGCCAGGGGAGACGACCCUGUCCUCGGGCCAAGGGACAGAGGGAGGAGGGAGGGAAGGUCGCCCCGAGCGGCGGUCGCUGGAGCGAAAGGCCGCGGGGACGAGCCCAAGGCAGGCAGCUGGCGGCCGCCGGAACUCCCCCUGCUUGCAGCCGCGGCCUCGUGCUGCCUGCUGCGCGCACCGCAAGGCACGGCACCGCACGGCUCUUGCAAAACCGAGUGCCAGCAGCGGGCCAGCUCCGGCCAGCCGUUAUUUCCAAAGCGAUGCCGCUCAAAGGAGGAAGCGCUCCACUCGGCUUCGCGCCGCUCUUCCCGAGCCCACGCUACGACGUGACCCGCCGCAGCGCAGCUCGGCCCGGCCCCACACAGCAACCGCCGGGCCCCGUCCCCUCCGAGCGCCGACCCCCCCCGGGCCGCUCUCCAACUCCGCACGGCACCACCGGGGCCGCCCGAACUUCCGCGUCCCGCCGGACCUCGCGCCGCGACGGCUCCGCGCACGGGAAAGCCCCGCGCCGCCCUCCCCACGUGCGCGGGCGGAGAGGGGGGGGGGGGGGGGGAGAGCGAGCCCCGUUCCCGUCGCGGUCCCCCCCCCCCCCCCCCCACCACCACCACCACCACCCGUCGGGGAACGCGGCGCCGCGGGCUCUCCCCGCCCCUCACCUGCCCGCGGCCGCCCCGGGCGGGGAGAGGAGCGCGGGGCCCGGCCCGAGCGCGGCGGGGGCUCCCCGGCGCUUACCGAGCGGGAGCGCCGCCAGCCCCGAGGGCGGCCCCCCGCCCCGCGCGGGCAUCUCGGCCGGCAACCGCCCCCCAGCUUCCCUUCCGACGCGGCGCGCCGGGGACCCCCGCGGCCCCGCGCCGUAACUUCCCUCCCGCGGCGGCGGGGCGAGGGCGGCCCGGAGCUCCCGCGGGCGGCGGGCGGGGAGCGCGGCACUGACCUUCCUGCCGCGCCGGGGCUGCGGCGUGCGCCGUCCGCGCCGUGGGUCCCGACGCCGUCGCCCCGCUCCGCCGUCCUCCCCGGUGCGGGAGGAGGAGAAAAGUUUCCCGACCCCCUCCCGCCGUCCGCGUCGCGCUGCGCCCCGCGCGGAGCCGCGGGGGCGUGCGGAGCGCGGCCGGCGCCGGCGGGGCAGGUGCCCGCGGGGAGGGCUCCGCCGCUCGGCUCGGCGCGGCGCGGCUCGGCUCGGCUCGGCUCAGCGGCGGCAGCGGGAGAGGCAGCCCGCGAUGCUCAUUCCGGCUGCCGGCUCGGCUUUGGCAGCGCCAUGUUGCUGGCUUGCUCCGGGCGAAGUUCCUGCGCUGGCGAGCGCCGCGCUCCCCACAUCGCGCCCGCACCGCCGUCUCCCGUGCCCCGGCCGCCGCGGCUUUGUGUGCGGAGCGAGCCCCGGCCCAUCGAGCCGCCUCCCCCCCGCAGCUCCGGGCCGUGCCUCGCCGGCGGCCCGAGCCCCUCGUCCGGCCGCGACCUGCGGCUCCCGGGGGCGCUCCGCGCCCGGAGGGAAGCCGCCCCCGGUCCCCCCUCCGCCCCGCGCUCGCUACCCAGAAGGCCAGCGGGGAACCGCAAUUCCCAGCCAGCGCCGCUCGCUCCGCUCCUCACCCCGAGCUGUCAAAAGCCCGGCGGCGCGGCACGGCACGGCACGGCACGGCGCUGCCAGACGGAGCUGCGGGGCUCCGCGAUGCCGCUCCCGGGUCCCCCGUAG